AUGGCGCGCAGAAAUCGUGGAAUAACCGGUGAUGACGAUGACGAUGAUGUUGUUGUACAUGCUAGAAGAUCUAGAACCAGAAUAUCUUAUAAGGAAUCUGAAGAAAGUGACGAUGACAACAACGAUGGCAUGAAGGACCCCAGACCUCAUAUCAUGUCUGAUGCGGAUGGAGAAGACGCGUAUAAUGACGAAAUCAAUGAUGAUUAUGAUGAUGAAGUUGUGAGUCGCAGUAAGCGUAAAAGUUCCAAACCAGUUAGAAAGUCAAACAACUCAGAUUCAGACUUUUAUGCGGAAGAUGAUGAAGAAGACGAUGAUGCAUUCUCAGAAGAGGACGAUUUUAUGGAAAAGCUACAAGAAAAGAAUUUCAUUGCUACUGAUGAUGAGAAUGAUGAGUUUGGUGGUAACUACGAGUAUGGUAGACGAGUUCCCAAAAAGAGAAAGAGGAAGAGUAGGUCCAGAUCUCAAUCAGUAGAACCCAAAAGAGGUAGGCUCACAAGAGGGACCGCAGCAAAUAAUGGUGGUGCUGGUGAAGAAGAGAAUCCUGGAGAAGAUACCGAAGCAGAUAAUAGUAUUCAACAAGAGAUUGCAGAUUUGUAUGAUUCUUCCCCUGAUGCAUCUCCGGUUAAACAUAAAUUAAGAGAACGAGAUCAUAAGGUGGAUUACACCAUACCGCCUCCGAUCACUAAUGACACUCAAUUAUAUCAAGAUACAUCUGCUUCAAAGCAAUCCUCAUAUACAGUAAGAAAGAGAGGGAGAACAACAGCAAAAAGCGAUUACAGAAAUAUUCUCUUCCCUACUGCCGGUCCAUUUGGUGGCAGCGAUGUAAUUUCCGUUUUUGGAACAAAUAUCCCACCAGGAGGUAUUCCGUUACCGGGGUUAAGACAACCUCAUUCUAAUCAACCUGGGAUGACAGCCAUUGGUCAAAAUUUAAGUGAUUCUGAUACUUCAGAAGAUGAAAUUGCACCCAUUAAUGGCUCAGCAACAGUCACUAAGAAAAAUUCAUUUGCGCCUAAGAAACCUAAGAGUGGUAAAGAUAAAGAUAAAAAGAAGAAUAAUUUAAGUGAUACAGAUCCUUUGGGUGUUGAUAUGAAUAUUGAUUUUUCAGUAGUUGGAGGGCUUGAUAAUUAUAUUAACCAACUUAAGGAAAUGGUAGCUCUACCUUUAUUAUAUCCAGAGUUGUAUCAAAACUUUGGAAUUUCUCCUCCCAGAGGUGUGUUGUUUCAUGGUCUUCCAGGUACAGGUAAGACAUUAAUGGCUAGAGCUCUUGCUGCCAGUUGUUCAACAUCUACAAAGAAGAUCACCUUUUUUAUGCGAAAGGGUGCAGACUGUUUGAGUAAAUGGGUUGGAGAAGCGGAAAGACAGUUACGUUUAUUAUUUGAAGAAGCAAAAAACCAACAACCUUCCAUUAUAUUCUUUGAUGAAAUUGAUGGGUUAGCGCCUGUUAGACUGUCAAAGCAAGAGCAAAUCCAUGCAAGUAUAGUUUCAACGUUAUUAGCAUUAAUGGAUGGUAUGGACAAUAGAGGACAAGUGAUUGUUAUUGGUGCUACUAAUAGGCCAGAUGCAAUUGAUCCAGCAUUGAGACGGCCAGGGAGAUUUGAUAGAGAGUUUUACUUCCCUUUGCCGAAUAUUAAUGCAAGAAAGCAGAUAUUGAAAAUUCAUACCAGGAAAUGGGAACCUCCAUUACAUGACUCAUUUGUGGAGAAGUUAUCUGAAUUGACGAAAGGUUAUGGUGGUGCUGAUUUGAGAGCCUUGUGUACUGAAGCAGCAUUAAACAGUAUUCAGAGAAAGUAUCCACAGAUUUAUCAAACCAAUGAUAAGUUAUUAGUUCAUCCUGAAAAAGUUAAGGUCAUAGCAAAAGAUUUCAUGAAUGCCUUGGAGAAAAUUGUGCCUUCAAGUGCCCGGUCUACAUCGUCAGGCUCAGCACCUUUACCUACAUAUUUAAAGCCAUUACUUUCAAACACAUUGGAUGAUGCCAUUGGCCGUUUGAACAAGUUGCUACCAAAUACAAUCACCACUGGAAAAUCAACUAAGAAUACCAACUUGGAAGAAGCCAUGUAUUUGGACCCUACUGUGAAUGAUGUUGAUGGUGGGUUUUCCAAGCACUCUUUAUUACGGGACUUGCAAAGUACGAUUGUUUGCAAACCUCAUUUAUUGAUUAGUGGUUCACAAGGGAACGGGCAACAAUAUUUGGGUGCAGCUAUUCUUAACUAUUUGGAAGGAUUUCAGGUACAAACCAUGGACAUUAGUACUAUGUUUGGUGAUCCAACAAGGACUCCUGAACUGGUUAUUGUUCAAUCGUUUAUCGAGGCAAGAAGACACCAACCUUCAAUUAUAUUUAUUCCUAAUAUUGAUGUUUGGUUUGACAUUGUACCUCACACGGCACAGGCCACUUUCAUUAGUUUAUUAAGAAACUUAAAGAAUACUGAAAAGAUUUUAUUAUUGGGAAUAGCUGAUACCGAGUUUGAGAAUUUAGGUCCCUCCAUUAGAGCGUUGUUUGGAUUAAGCAAUAAUUCUAUCAACAAUACCAACCUUAGAAACCCCACUCUUGAACAACGACAACAGUUUUUCGAAGCUUUAUUAACCACAUUAAAGAUGAGACCAUUUGAGUUCAUUAAUGAUUUGGAGAACAGGCCGAAGAGGAAGUUGAAGAAGCUUAAAGUUAUUGAGUCUGAACCUACACCAACUGAUAAGAAGAAAUUAAAGCAACAAGAAUACGAAGAUACCAAAUUGAAAAAUGUAUUGAAGAUCAAAUUGGCGGGGUUAAUGGAUUUAUUUAAGACUCGAUACAAACGAUUCAAGAAACCAAUUAUUGAUGAGAAUUUACUUCAUCAUAUUUUUGAUCCUACCAUUCCACAAACCAACCCUUUGUACGAGGUUUUAUAUGUUAAAUCCGAGGACCCAAAUCAUGCUAAUAUGAUUAGAGAGUUGACUACUGGGAAAUAUUACUAUAAUAUGGAUUUGGAUGUGAUUGAAGAAAGAUUAUGGAAUGGUUACUAUAGUGAGCCCAAACAAUUCUUAAAGGAUAUAAGAAUGAUAGUCAAGGAUUCAAUUAUGUCAGGAGAUAGAGAAAGAUCCCUUAAGGCAAAUGAAAUGAUGACCAAUGCUCAAUUUGGUAUAGAUGAUAUCUACACUCCUGAAUUUGUCAAAGCUUGUAAGGAAAUGAGAGAACGAGAAGUUGAGAGACAAGAGCAGAUAUUGAAGGAGUAUAAGGACUUAAAGGAGAAAGUUCAAACCCAGGAAACCAUAAACGGUAAAACUGAAGUAUUAGAAGCAACGUUAACAAACCCUAUUGUGGAAUCAUCCAUAGUGGAACCACCUACUGUGGAGCUCACUACUCCUUCGAUCCCCAACUCUACAGCACCACUGAUUUCAAUGCUGCUUUCCAAUGGCAAUGGCAGUGUACUUCUCAACCAAGCGAUGUUGGGAGACGUUUCUGAAGCUAAUUCUAUGGAAGUUGACGAAACUGAAGCUGAAACUAUGCUUGAGGCAGAAUCAUUAGCGGCUACUGUUCAUGAGGAUGAAGCAUCUGAAUCCGAAGUGGAUGAAGACUACAAUAUUGAUCUCCUGAAACAAGUUGAUCUUGGUACUAAGUAUCAAGAGUUCUUUGGUGACCUUUUAUUGAGAGUCUCUGAGAAUUGUAAUAUAGAUCUGCUUGAGGCCAUGAAUGCAAAGUUUAUGGAGAUUAUAUGGGAAGACAGAAACCAAUGGAAUAAAGCUGCAACUGUCGAUAAGCUUAUUGCAGCUGCAUUGGAGUUUGAAAGACUAUUAAAUCGGUAG